AAUAGUGGCGCGUGUCGGACUGGCGACGUUGCUGUCGUCGAACUCUCUAAACUUGUCUUUCCUAGCAUCACGGAUGCAUUUCCCCCCCGUGUUUAUUACUCAGCAUACUUUGUAAAAACACACACUCGUGUCUGGAUUAACUAGGAACUAGGAAGGAACUCUUACAAAAAGGUUUCCAGGUUGCUUUCCGAUUGCCUUGGAGCACAUCCCAUCCCUUCCAUCGUCUUGUUCCCGCUCUUUGGUCUUUCCCAUGGUGAAGCUGUUGGAAUCUGGUCGUUUGGGUGUGGACAGGUGUCUUUUAUGCAGGUGACGAGCGGCUAAGUGCAGCAGGGGUCCUCAUGCUGGUCCGCUCGACCGCCACCCGGCCCGCUGAGCCCGUCGGAGCCGCCGCGUCUGCACUACCGGGUCGCAGCUGAAGCACAGCUACAGCCGGCCCGUCGUCCGAGGGCCCGGAGCCCGGAGGGGCCCUGACCUGUCGCCAUCUCACACGAAGAUGAACAAACUGAACUUCCACAACAACAAAACCAUGCAGGACCGCCGAUGCGUCUGUGUCUUUCUGCCCAAUGAUGACACGCUCAAUGUCAUAGUCAAUGUGAAGACGCUGUGCCAGGAGCUGCUGGUCCAGGUGUGUGACCUGCUGAGGCUGAAGGACUGCCACCUCUUUGGACUCAGUGUGAUUCAAAAUAAUGAACACAUCUACAUGGAACUGGAUCAGAAGCUGUCCAAGUACUGUCCCAAAGAAUGGAAGAGAGAAGCCAGCAAGGGAAUCGACCAGUUUGGCCCCCCAAUGAUCAUCCAUUUCAGAGCUCAGUAUUACGUGGAGAACGGCCGCUUGAUCAGCGACCGGGCGGCCAGGUACUACUACUACUGGCACCUGAGGAAGCAGGUGUUGCUCUCUCAGUGCAUCCAGCGGGAAGAGGCCUACUUCCUCCUGGCCGCCUUCGCCCUGCAGGCCGACCUGGGCAACUUCAAACGGAACAAGCACUUUGGCAAAUACUUUGAACCCGAAACCUACUUCCCCCCCUGGGUGAUAGCCAAGCGCGGCCGUGACUACAUCCUGAGGCACAUCCCAAACAUGCACAAGGACCAGUUUGCCCUCACGGCCUCCGAGGCACACCUCAAGUUCAUCAAGGAGUGUGCGCAGCUUGAUGAUGUCACCGUCCACUACUACAGACUCUACAAGGACAAGAAGGAAGUGGAGGCGUCGCUUACUUUGGGACUGACUUUACGAGGGAUUCAGAUCUUCCAGAACAUCGGCUCUGUGAGACAGCUUUUGUACGACUUUCCAUGGACCAAUGUGGGAAAACUAGUUUUUGUGGGCAAGAAGUUUGAAAUCCUUCCUGACGGACUCCCCUCGGCCCGGAAGCUCAUCUACUACACGGGCUGCCCCGUGCGCUCUCGUCACCUGCUGCAGCUGCUCAGCAACAGUCACAGGCUCUACAUGAACCUCCAGCCCGUCCUCAAGCAGGUCCGCCGCCUGGAGGAGCACGAAGAGAAGAAACAGUACCGGGAGUCGUACAUCAGUGAUGCUCUGGACCUGGACAUGGACCACCUAGACAAGUGUUCCCGAGCCAGCGGCAGCAGCGCGGGCAGCGUGUCCCACCACAAGUGUCUGUCCCGCCGCUCCACCGCCAGCCACGGCAGCUCGCACACCUCAGGCGUGGAGACGGACAGCUUCAGGGUGUCCAACCGAGCUUCCCGCAGGCCCCCGAGGACCUGCGGCUCGUCCACCGCCAGCCACGGGAGCUCGCACACGUCGGGCAUCGAGAGUGGCGGCAAAGAGCGCGUCCUGGACGAUGACGCAGAGAUCGAGAUGUUGGUGGACGACCCCAAAGACUACGAGGAGCUCAGCGAGAUGUCUCUGGACCAGGAGCUGUGCAUACACAUCACGGAGGACAUGUUGACCAUGUCCCCGGAUCAGAUAAACGGAUACUCUGCUCUUAUUGUCAAAGAUGUCAGCUCCUCCACCUCCAGCUCCUCUGAGACGGUCGUCAAGAUGAGAGGCCAAAGCAUCGAGUCCCUGCCGCAGACGUCGACGUGCAGGAAGCCUCCGUCAUCCACUGACCGCCACAGCCAGUCACUGGAUGACAUCCGCCUCUACCAGAAGGACUGCCUGCAGUGGGCGGAGCUCUGCCAGGACACAGCCCACAGCUACACCUUCGGCUGCGCCCAGGAGCUGAGUGACGGCUGCAUCUACCAGGGCCUGGCCGAGCAGUGCGCCGGCAUGCGCGGGGGUGACCAGCAGGCCUUUCCCAUCAAGAGGACCAGCAAGUACUUCUCUUUGGACCUGACCAGCGAGGAGGUACCCGAGUUUGUGGUGUGACCUCCGAGAUGGAGGACGCUUCCUGCUUUUUCUCAUGAAUGAACACAUGGAAGUACUGAGGGGUUCUUGAAGCCAAAAAAAGAAAGAAAGAAAGACAGUAAGCGUGACAGAGGCUCAACGUCGCCGUGCUGCCGACCAAAGACCCAAAGAAGAAAAGUUGACACGUUGAUGCCUCUGACAGGAAGUGCAGGGUGCCAACCAGCCGACGUGCCUUCAUCGCCCCAUGCAGGUGUCACACCGUUGCCUUGACAAUCUCAACAGCCAUUUUUCAUGUCCCGCCGCUCAGCUCAGCCUGCUUGGACGUCCUUCAGCAGAUGCAAGAUGAAACCACAACAGCUUUAAAAGUCUGCUUUUUGUUUGUUUUAGGCAGAAUAUUCAUACACUACAACUUCCUCACUGAAAAGCUUUCCCCCUCUCGCUCUUCUUGUCUGAGUAUUGUGGAUAUCCGGGGCUCAGCACGACGUAUCGUCACAUUUGUGUCUGUGUCGUGUAAGAAAACAAUUUAUUCUCGCGUGAAUUUGCAGAAUCACACUUUCAAGCAGCUUUUUUUAACGUCUUCCAAGUCUUCUAAGCUGCUAAAAAAAAAGGACAAGAACACCAAAGGGAAACAGGUUGUCGUUGUUGUGUUGUACUGUCAGAAUCUCAUCUUUUUUAUUCUCCAGCUUUAAUCACUCAUAUCUUCUACAUUGUUACACUCUAAGCAUCUGAACUAUUUUUUUAAUAAAUAGAAAUCAACAUUUAUAUUUCUAA